AUGCUGGCCGGCCUGGCCGUCGCCGUCGCCGUGGGGCUGGCGCUGGCGGCCGAGCCGCCGGGCUGCGCCCCACUGGUCCCGGCCACGCUGGACAACGAGACCCUGGCUGGGCUCCUGGGCGAGUGGAUCUACCUCGUGGGCUCCUCCAAGUACCCGCCUCACCUCCAGGAGCUGCAGGCGCUGAAGCACGCCAUUUUCUUCUUCCAUCCCGGCGACCACGAGGACGAGCUCGGCGUCACCGAGAUCAUGCGAAUGAACGAGACCUGCGUCACCAGGAACUCCAGCAAGAUCCACAUCUUCCGGCACAACGGCACGCUGGCGCACGUCGACGGCCAGGUGGUGGCCACGGCGGAGCUCAUCAGGAGCGACAAGGACCUGCUCAUCCUGAAGCACAUCAACGAUGGCUUCCCGGGCCUGAGCCUCUCGGCGCGCUCCCACAACGUGAGCAAGGAGCAGCUGGAGGAGUUCAGAGCGCAGCUGGCGUGCCACAAGUUCGACGACAACGAAAUCUUCCUGGCUUCCGAAAAGGACGCGUGUCCCCUGCCCGGAGAGCAGCCGGAUGAAGACGGCGAGGCAGCGCCGCAGCCGGCCUAGCCCCGGCCCCGUGCAUCGGCCUCCUCCUCCUCCUGCCCCGCACAGCGCAGCGCUGUGCACAACCUCGGGACUCGCCGUCCGGCACCUCAGGGUUUUUGUUUUUCCCUUUCUUAAGACACGCAGAACGCCCCUUUCCUGGCGAAACCCGCUGGUUU